CGUCUGUUCGGAGUCUCUGCUGUCACCCCAUAAGCUCGUGUUAUCCCCCACUGCAGUGAGCCACGCCCCGGCCCCUCCUGACAGCUCAUACAAGAGACAUGGCCGACCCAAAGUACGCCGACCUGCCGGGCAUCGCUAGGAAUGAGCCCGAUGUGUAUGAGACCAGUGACUUGCCCGAGGAUGAUCAGGCAGAAUUUGACGCGGAGGAACUGACCAGCACUAGUGUGGAGCAUAUUAUUGUUAACCCCAAUGCGGCUUACGACAAGUUUAAGGACAAGAAAGUUAAUACCAGGGGUUUGGAUUUCUCUGAUCGAAUCAGCAAGUCCAAGAGAACCGGUUAUGAGUCAGGCGAAUAUGAAAUACUUGGUGAAGGAAUUGGAUUAAAGGAAACCCCACAACAGAAAUAUCAACGACUGCUGCAUGAAGUCCAAGAGCUGACACAAGAGAUAGAGAAGAUACAGAGCACAGUUAAAGAGUCGACCACUGAAGAGAAGCUCACCCCUGUGGCUUUAGCCAAGCAAGUGGCCGGUUUAAAGCAGCAGUUGGUGUCUACCCACUUGGAGAAGUUGUUGGGCCCCGAUGCUGCCAUCAAUCUUUCAGAUCCUGAUGGGGCCCUUGCACAGCGUCUGUUGACUCAGCUGGAUGUUGCCAAGACCAGAAAAGGUCCAGAAGGGAAAACUCCGGCAAAGGUUCCUGCCCCAGAAACGGGCAAUGUGGUGACAUACGAGUUACACUGCCGUCCUGAGCAAACCAAAUUUUCCCAGACCGCAAAGGUUGCAGAGCUGGAGAAGCGGCUGGGAGAGCUUGAAGCAGCAGUGCGCUGUGAUCAGGACACACAGAAUCCCCUUACUGUUGGUCUACAAGGAUCUGGUCUGAUGGAAACUGUUGAAAUUCUACAGGCUAAAGUUAACAUGUUGGAUGUUGCAUCUCUGGACCAAGUUGAGGCCAGACUGCAGAGUGUCCUGGGGAAGAUGAAUGAAAUAGCAAAGCACAAGGCAGCUAUUGAGGACGCAGACACGGAAAGCAAGGUGCACAAGCUAUACGACGUGGUUCAGAAGUGGGAUUCAAUGUCUAAUACAUUACCGCAAGUAGUCCAGAGACUGGUGGCGUUAAAACAGCUGCACGAGCAAGCCAUGCAGUUUGGGCAGCUUCUCACCCACCUGGACACCACGCAGCAGAUGAUAGCAAAUUCUUUGAAGGAUAACACAAGUGUCCUGGCCAUGGUCCAGAAAACCAUGAAGGACAACCUGGCAACCGUGGAGGACAACUUUGCCAGCGUUGAUUCAAGAAUCAAGAAACUAAGCAAAUGAGCCACAGUUUAUCGAUUCAAGGCUCGGUCCCCGAAAUACCAGGGAAAUACCUGUUCCCCACACCUUGUAGGGAUUUAUCAGUGUACACAUAUAGUCUUGUUAGUCUCAACACCUUGCCAUCCCUCUGCUCUACCCCCCCCUUACCCCCGAGUAUGCUGAGAAUGCUUCUCCUGUACCUACCCAAGCCGACACUGCACCCGCUAUAAAAGGUGCCCUUAUCCAGUUCAAGUACCAGCUACUAAUAGUAUCUUACAAGGUGUUCCAUAUGCAUGUUGGUACCUGCAGUCUGGAAAGAGGAGAGUCCGGGGAUCCAAGGCAAACUUUAAACUUCCCUUUAUUUAUAUAUGGAUGUUCUAACUAGGUGACCGAACGUCUUUGGUGCGUAAUUUAAUCCACAUAUAACUGGCACCAUUACAUGUCCGUGUCACUGUUUUGAGGAACAAAUGUUCUACACUAGAAACCCUCUCUGAAAAAAGUAUGUUGAAGGUUUAUAGCCCUUUACUGCUUCUUAAAUAAAAAGGAUCUUUCCAAAUCA